AUGGCAGUAAACAGAGGCCUGCAGAUCUCAGCAGGUUCUACAGCUACCAUAACUGAGAAGAAUUUAAAGGGAACUGACACAGAUUCAGAUAAUGAAAAACUGCGAUAUGACAUCAAGAAAGACCCUGCUGUGGGACAACUGCUGAUAUCAAAGAACAGUAAUCUGCUACCCAUUUCUGUAAAGGGACCAAUUGCCAGUUUUACUCAGUCAGAUAUUAAUAAAGGAUACAUUCAGUACAAGCACAAGAAAGGAGAAUCGGGUGGGGAGCUUUGCUUUAAAAUUUGAUGUGGUUGAUACAGAAGAUAAUGCAUUGAUAGACCAGUCUUUCUAUAUAAGCAUAUUAGAGGACAGGCAGCCUCCAUCAAUUACUGCCAACAAAGGUCUCACCUUGGAUGAAAACUCCUGGAAGAAAAUCACCACACAGCAACUGUCAGCCACAGAUCAGGACAGCGAACCCAGAGAGCUUCUGUUUCACAUCACUAGACAACCUAGUCUGGGACGCCUGGAGCACGUGGGUUCCCCAGGUAUAAAAAUUAGCAGCUUUAGCCAGGCGGACAUAGAAUCACGAAGCAUCCAGUACAUUCACACUAGCACAGAGGAGAAACAUGCAGAUGACUUCACAUUCACUGUCUCAGAUGGAGUCAAUGAGGUGUCACAAACAUUUUACAUCACUAUCAAUAAGGUGGAUGACUCAUUGCCUGUGGUCCAAAAUUCAGGAAUGAGGGUACAAGAAGGUGUUCGGAAGACUAUCACAGAGUUUGAGUUGAAAGCUGUUGAUGCUGAUACUGAGGCAGAAUCAGUCACAUUCACCAUUGUCCAGUCACCUCGUUAUGGAUUGAUUGAACGUAGCAGCAAUGGGCAGAGCUACCGUCAGACCUCUACUUUCACAAUGGAUGAUAUCUAUCAGAAUCGUAUCAGUUACAAUCAUGAUGGAAGUAAUACUCUCAAGGAUAGAUUCUCCUUUACUGUGUCGGAUGGAACCAACCCAUUCUUCAUUGUAGAAGAAGGAGAAAAGGAAAUAGUAACAGCAGCUCCUCAAAGAUUUAAAGUCGAUAUCCUCCCAGUGGAUGAUGGUACACCUAGAAUUGUCACCAAUUUGGGUCUCCAGUGGCUGGAGUACAUGGAUGGCAAGGCCUCUAAUUAUAUUACAAAGAAGGAACUGAUGACGAUAGACCCAGACACAGAUGACAAACAAAUUAUUUAUGAAAUUUUAAGUGGACCUAGCCAUGGUUAUCUGGAAAACAAGCUAAAGCCUGCUGUUAUCCUUUCAUCCUUUACACAAGAGGAAAUAAACCUUGGCCUGAUCCGGUAUAUUCUGCAUGAAGAGAAGUACAAAGAAACAAUGGAUAAUUUCAAGUUUCUUGUGAAAGACAGUAAACCAAAUGUGGUCAGUGACAACAUGUUCCACAUCCAGUGGUCUCUGAUGAGCUUCAGUCAUGUUAGCUACAAUGUGAGUGAAAAGGCAGGGUCAAUCAGUGUGACUGUGAAAAGGACUGGGAACCUCAACCAGUAUGCCAUAGUAUUGUGCCGAACAGAACAGGGCACUGCCACAUCCAGCUCAGGUGUGGGCUUCCAACCAGGACAGCAGGAUUAUGUGGAAUAUGCAGGCCAGGUGCAAUUUGAUGAGCGAGAGGACAGCAAGGCCUGUACCAUUAUCAUCAGUGAUGACCAGGUGUACGAGGGCAUUGAACACUUCACAGUGGAACUGAGUAUGCCAGCCUAUGCACUUCUGGGACAGAUCACUAAAGCCACUGUUAAUAUUAAUGACACAGAGGACGAGCCCACUCUACAGUUCGAUAAGAAGAUAUAUCGGGCCAGUGAGAGUGCAGAUGUUCUGUCUAUUCCUGUUGAGAGAAAGGGUGAUCCUGGAAGUGUUGUUUCUGCUAUUUGCUACACAAUACCAAAAUCCGCUAAGGGGAGCAGCCCUUAUGCUCUUGAAUCAGGCUCAGACUUUAAAUCUAGGGCAAUGACCAGUGAAAAUCGUGUCGUUUUUGGGCCUGGAGUUACAAUGUCCACCUGUGAUGUCAAAGUGAUUGAUGACAGUGAAUAUGAAGAUGAGGAAGAAUUUGAGCUAGCCCUUGCUGAUACGUCUGAAAAUGCAAGAAUUGGCAACAUUGCUGCAGCCAGAGUUGUUAUCGAAGGACCGAAUGAUGCUUCAACAGUCUCAUUAGGAAAUGCCACCUUUACUGUUAGUGAAGACAUAGGCUCUAUUGACAUUCCCGUUCUUCGAAGUGGACCUGACCUUUCAGUGCCAACAUCAGUAUGGUGUGCCACUCGCCCUUCAGAUCCACCCUCGGCUACUCCAGGCAUUGAUUAUAUCCCUAGCUCCAAGAAAAUUGAAUUUAGACCUGGUAAAACAAUUGAGCACUGCACUCUAACAAUCCUUGAUGACACGCAGCACCCAGUUAUUGAAGGACUGGAAACCUUUAUUGUAUUUUUAAGCUCUGCACAAGGGGCUGAACUGAUCAAACCAUUUGAAGCCACCAUUACCAUUAACGAUACCUUUCAGGAUGUCCCCAGUAUGCAGUUCAGUAAGGAUGUAUUGACAGUGAAGGAAAAGGAUGGAUUGCUUCAUGUUCCUAUUAUACGUACUGGGGAUCUGAGUUAUGAAUCCUCGGUGCGUUGUUACACGCAGUCUCAGUCUGCACAAGUGAUGGAUGACUUUGAAGAGAGAAGAAAUUCUGAUGAUUCCCGCAUUACAUUUCUUAAAGGAGAAAAAGUGAAAAACUGCACAGUUGUCAUCAAUGAUGACUCAGUAUUUGAACCAGAGGAACAGUUUAAGAUUUAUCUUGGCAAUCCACUUGGCAGUCAUUGGAGUGGAGCCAGGAUCGGGAAGAUUGAUAUGGCCACCAUUACUAUCUCUAAUGAUGAGGACGCACCAACUAUUGAAUUUGAAGAGUCUACUUAUCAGAUUCGUGAGCCUCAAGAGCCAGAUGGAGUGGCUACUUUGAACAUCAAAGUAAUCAGAAAGGGAGACCAAAAUAGAACAUCCAAAGUCCGCUGCAGCACACGAGAUGGAUCUGCUCAGUCUGGCGUCGAUUACUAUCCAAAAAGCCGAGUUCUUAAAUUCAGUCCCGGUGUUGACCACAUGUUUUUUAAGGUUGAGAUCCUAUCAAAUGAGGACAGGGAAUGGCAUGAGUCCUUUUCAGUAGUUCUUGGUCCAGAUGACCCAGUUGAGGCCAUUCUUGGUGAUAUCACAACUACAACAGUAACAAUUCUGGAUCAGGAGGCAGCAGGGAGUUUGAUUUUACCAUCACCACCUAUAGUGGUAUCUUUGGCUGACUAUGAUCAUGUGGAGGAAGUCAACAAAGAAGGUUCAAAGAAAUCCCCAUCUCCUGGGUACCCAUUAGUAUGUGUCACACCAUGUGACCACCACUUUCCUAAAUACUCUGUAAUGAGGGAGCGAUGUGAGGAGGCUGGCAUCAACCAGUCCACUAUCAUGUUUAGCUGGGAGGUGGCAGCGCCCACUGAUUCAAGUGGGGCCCGAUCUCCGUUUGAGACAAUAACUGAUACUACCCCUUUCACAAGUGUCAAUCACAUGGUGCUGGAUAGCAUUUAUUUCAGCAGGCGUUUUCAUGUACGCUGUGUAGCCAAAGCUGUGGAUAAAGCUGGACAUGUGGGCACACCACUGAGAAGCAAUAUUGUGAGCAUAGGAACUGACAGUGCCAUCUGCCAUACACCAGUAGUAGCAGGCACAGCUAGAGGAUUCCAAGCUCAGUCUUUUAUUGCAACUUUGAAAUAUUUGGAUGUCAAACAUAAAGAACACCCCAACAGAAUUCACAUCUCAGUGCAGAUACCACAUCAAGAUGGCAUGCUACCUCUCAUCUCUACUAUGCCUCUGCAUAACCUGCACUUCCUUCUCUCUGAGUCUGUUUAUCGCCACCAGCAUGUGUGCUCCAACCUUGUCACUAUCCGUGACUUGAGAGGCAUUUCAGAGGCAGGAUUCUUAGAUGAGGUGACAUAUGACAGCAUUGCUGUGGGACCUGGCUAUGACCGACCUUACCAAUUUGAUCCUAAUGUAAGAGAGCCAAAGACUGUGCAACUAUAUAAACACCUGAACCUGAAGAGUUGCAUUUGGACCUUUGAUGCCUAUUAUGACAUGACUGAACUCAUUGAUGUUUGUGGUGGUGCUGUUACAGCUGACUUUCAGGUGAGAGACUCGGCCCAGUCCUUUUUAACUGUUCAUGUUCCACUGUACGUAUCAUACAUAUAUGUGACUGCUCCGAGAGGGUGGGCAUCAUUGGAGCACCACACAGAGAUGGAAUUCUCAUUCUUUUAUGACACAGUCCUCUGGAGAACUGGUAUACAGACAGACAGUGUUCUGUCUGCCAGGCUGCAGAUCAUUCGCAUAUAUAUCCGUGAAGAUGGACGUCUGGUGAUAGAGUUUAAAACUCAUGCCAAAUUCAGAGGUCAGUUUGUUAUGGAGCAUCACACAUUGCCAGACAUUAAAUCUCGUAUUAUUGCACCUGAUCAUUUGGGCGGCAUUGAGUUUGACCUUCAGCACUUGUGGAGCGCCCAGACCUUUGACUCACCAUACCAGUUGUGGAGAGCAACCAGCUCCUAUAGCAGGAAGGACUACUCAGGGGAGUAUACCAUCUAUCUCAUCCCUUGCACAGUACAGCCUACCCAGCCUUGGAUUGACCCUGGAGAUAAACCUCUGGCCUGCACAGCCCAUGCUCCUGAAAGGUUUCUUAUUCCCAUUGCAUUCCAGCAAACAAACCGCCCAGUCCCAGUGGUAUAUUCAUUAAACACUGAGUUCCAGCUGUGCAAUAAUGAAAAGAUCUUCUUGAUGGACCCAACUAAGACUGAAAUGUCCUUGGCCGAGAUGGAUUAUAAAGGGGCCUUCUCCAAAGGGCAAACACUUUAUGGAAGGGUACUAUGGAAUCCUGACCAGAACCUCAAUUCUGCCUACAAACUGCAGCUGGAGAAGGUCUACCUUUGCACUGGGAAGGAUGGAUAUGUACCUUUCUUUGACCCAACUGGAACUAUUUAUAAUGAAGGGCCUCAAUAUGGUUGUAUUCAACCUAAUAAAAACUUGAAGCACCGGUUUUUGCUCUUGGAUCGAAACCAGCCAGAAGUUACUGAUAUAUACUUCCACGACGUUCCGUUUGAAGCUGGCUUUGCUUCAGAUCAACCGGAUUUCCAUGCUAUGGGUGGUUUGCCAGGAGUGGACGGGUUCACUAUGAAAGUUGAUGCCCUGUAUAAGGUUGAAACUGGGCAUCAGUGGUACCUUCAAGUUAUCUACAUUAUUGGACCAGAGACAAUGGCAGGACCCAGAGUGCAGAGAUCUCUAACCUAUCAGCUGAGACGUGGCCGCAGGGAUCUAGUGGACAAGAAUGGGCGGCUGACACUAGAUGACUCUUUGAUCUAUGACAAUGAAGGAGAUCAAGUUAAGAAUGGCACAAACAUGAAGACUUUGAAUUUAGAAGUGGAAACAGCUGCUACAGCGGCAUCACAAACAGGCGCUUCCAUUGGAAGUGCAUUUGCAGCCAUAAUGUUAUUAAUGCUUGUUUUCUUGUCUGUGUGCCUCAUAGUACAGAAAUGCAGGAAGAAUAAGAAAAAGAUGCCGCCAAAGGAUUCCACAGAAGAAUAUCCACUAAACACCAAAGUGGAUGCUUCAAGGAAAAAUAUAGAGCGUGUGGAAAAGAACUUAAACAGACAGCAUUGUACUGUAAGGAACGUCAACCUUCUCAAUGAAAGUAAAGAUAGCUAUGAGGUCAAAGGUAUCAAGAUCAAACAGAUGAACUUUGAAGUGAAAGUUCACAAUAACUUACAUGAUGGGACAGAAGUUUGA